AUGUUUGGUUUAUUAGCAGCACUUAAUUCACUUCCACAACAACGUGAAGGUCGUGAAGCAUUGAAUUUUGAAAAUUAUAUUCGGACAGGUCAAGGUUUACCAUCAACUAAAAUCUAUUAUGAAUCAUUAGUUGAUAAACGAGCACGUCAAGAAUUAGGUAGGAUUCGAUAUAAAGAACGAAUUUAUCAGCAAAUAAAAUUAAUUCGUUUGAUGAAAAAACUCCUGAUAAAAAUUGAACAUGAAACAUGCGAUGAAGAAUUAGAACAAAUGCGUCGAAAAAUUACUCAACUUGAAAUUAAAGUCGAAAAAUCAGCACACGCUAAAAAUAUUAAUUGUGAAGAUAUGUUUAAUAUGGAUAAACCUGAUGAUCCUUAUGAUAUUGAACUUGAACGAAUCAUUCGAAAUACUAUAACGGAAAAUAUUGAUUCAACAAUAGAUGAUAGAGCAAGUGGUGAUAAUAAGUGUCAUAAAAACGAUUUCUUCUUGAAAAAUGAAGAAAAAUUUAAAUAA